UACAUGGCGCCCGAGAUGCACAUGCCGCAUGGGUAUAGCGCGGCCAAGGUCGACGUGUGGUCGCUGGGUAUUUUGCUCUGGAUGCUCUUGACCGGCGUGCCACUGGUCGAGGCGUCCAAUGACGACGACGAAGCGUUUGGGUACUUGAAGCGGUGUGGCAUCCCGCUGUAUAAGUUUGUUUCGGCCGAGCGCGUCCUCUUGGGUUAAACCUCAAUGCGUUUCGCCCAUCCCUCUUCGUUCCACCACCAUUAGAUCCACUCCUUCUUAAUACCAACUAGCCC